CCCCACGCUUUCCAACCAUCAAAUCUAAAGCCUUCAGCUUUGCCUAAGCGUUUCUCUUUUCCAUUCUCUUUUCACCCUUGAAAUCGUUUUACUUUCUUCAUACCCCCGCUAUCCCCAAACCACCAAACCUUCUCGGACUCGCAAAUUCCAGCCAGGAAACUUGGUUUUCUGGCCAUCUAUCCAACAUGGGUUCUCCGGAAAACUCUAAUUGGCUUUAUGAAUACGGCUUGAUGGACGAUAUUACUGUUCCUGGCGGAGACUAUACAGCGCCUGCGACUGGGUUCCAGUGGAAUUCGCAGCCGUUGAAUGGUUCAACUAAUGUCAAUGUUGAAAUUGAUUGUUCCUUUGGGGAUUCAGAUGGAUUUAAGGAAGUAGGCUCACGAAAGCGAGUGAGGACAGAAUCAUGCAGUGCAGUUGGCUCUAAAGCAUGUAGGGAGAAAAUGCGGAGGGAUAGGCUGAAUGACAGGUUCUUAGAAUUGGGUUCCAUCCUGGAACCUGGAAGGCCACCCAAGAUGGACAAGGCUGCUAUAUUGAGUGAUGCUGUUCGAAUGGUCACUCAGUUGCGAAGUGAAGCCCAGAAGCUGAAGGAAUCAAAUGAGAGCCUACUGGAGAAGAUCAAAGAGCUGAAGGCCGAGAAGAAUGAACUUCGUGACGAGAAGCAGAGGCUGAAGACAGAGAGAGAGAAGCUGGAACAGCAAGUCAAAACUCUGAGUGCUCCACCAAGCUUUCUGCCUCACCCUACGACUAUCCCAGCUGCAUUUACUGCCCAAGGCCAAGCUGCUGGCAACAAGCUGAUGCCGUUCAUUGGCUACCCAGGGGUUGCAAUGUGGCAAUUCAUGCCACCCGCUGCAGUUGAUACCUCACAAGAUCAUGUUCUCCGGUCCCCAGUUGCUUAAGUUCUGGGCUUUCAAUUUCCUGGAGAAGUGUUCAAUUAUUCUUCCGUCUUUAUUCCCACUACGUUAGUUUUGGUUAGAUCUUGGAAGUCUGAAUGACGUAGAUUAGGCGGGUGAUUACACACUGGAAUUUGUGAACUUCCAUUUUAUCGUUGCUUCAUAAUUGUGAAAUUUCAAUAAUCAAAUCUGGUAAUUUAUUUGAAUUUCUGUCACAUUUUA